AUGUGGUUGUACACCAUUGCAGCUGUUGUCCUCUUGUGCUCCCACGCCGCUGGCCACAACUCCCUAGCGGAGGGGGAGACGGUGGUGCCAUAUUGCGCGCGCGAGCGGCACGCCAUGGGGGGGGAGGAGGAGGAGGAGUUCGACAACCCCGGCGUCUUCUCCGGUGGAAUUGGUACCGUGCGGACGUACGAGGGAUGCCUCCAGCGAUUGCGUGACCGCUUUGUCAUUGUGACGCCGCAGCGCACCACACCGUCGCCCAAGCUGCUGCCGCCUUGUCGCCAUUUCCUGCAGCGCAACGAGGCGCUGGUGCUGUACUAUCUCGCGUCCGACUUGUGCCGGCUGGGACACACCACGAAAGACGCGCCGCAUUUGAUGGCAUUCCUGCUGGACUACCUUGCCCCUUGCUCGAUACAGUGCCGGCAACUAGACCCGAAGGAUGCCACCGCGCGUCUUCGUGUGCAUCUGACGCUCUUCUACGGCAAUGUUUGCGCGUCAUACCCCUCUCCAAGGCUGGACUCGUCGUUUCGAGCUGUCAUUCUAGGAUGGUUUCAUGCACUGUUCCGCAGUGACUCGCCGUUCAUUGCAUUAAUGACAUCAUGGGGUAUCGAUUUUGUCGCCACCACAAGUUCAUCCGGAAAUACCACAUUGCGUGUGGAUGAGAUCUUUUACAAGGAAGCGAUGAAGGAGCGGGGCUUCUUCUGUCCCCGCACCAGUGAGACUUCCGCUGCUACUGCUGCUGAUGCUGCUCUUCUUCCUCCUUCGGUGGGCAGGGAGGAUUUGUGGAUAAUCUCGCGGUGGGAGCGUUUUCGUUGGUUUCGUACCCGCGCGCAGGCAGGAUUCUUCCGGAAAUGCCUGUUGUGGUACUAUGACGUUCCGAACCCUGGAGAUGGCGUCACUGUAUUGCUGCUUCAACGAUUGGGAGAGCGGCACUUUGAGGAACGCGUGUGGUAUGAGAAACUGCAGACGCGUUUGCGAUCCUGCGGUGUUGGAGUGACGAUGCAGACAUUCAUCCGCAUGCCGUACGCUCGUCAGGCGUCCUUCAUGCACAACACCUCGAUAUUCAUUGCCGCUCACGGUGCUGGAGUUGUGAACAUCAUGGCAAUGCGUCCAGGUAGUGUUGUGGUGGAGUUGUUUCCCCACGGCUUCCGCUACGCGAUGUACCAGGAGCUGGCGGAGCUCCUGGGGUUGCACUAUAUCGCUUACGAAAGCCCGGUAGUUUGGCCUUUGCGUUGCUGCAAUGUGCACUGGGAAGACGCCAAAACGAGAUUUGCCCCGCCGCUGAAGGGCAACCCUCCUAUGAUGAGCUUUGGUGCACGUCGAUGCAAAGAGUGUGACAUUCGAGNCCAAAACGAGAUUUGCCCCGCCGCUGAAGGGCAACCCUCCUAUGAUGAGCUUUGGUGCACGUCGAUGCAAAGAGUGCGACAUUCGAGUGUCCGAGGGGGAUAUGGACUCGAUCAUGCACGACGCGUUGGGACUCGUGACUGCCCACAGGCGGCUGCAACAGGAGUGACAUGA